AUGGCUCCUCCAAAGACCGGGAUAACAAAAUGCACUAGAGUGACUGAUCAUGAGCAGAGACAGCAAGCUGAUGAAUCCCCACGGCCUCGCUCAAGGCCUCGCUCAUGGAACAGAGAGACCUACUUCGGAUCCCUCAUCUUCAACCUAGGCGCUUUCGCACUCCCUGCUUUAUAUAGUACUCUUAGCAAGCUGUGGAUUGCAAAUAUUGACUCUAGUCAAGUUGUCACCACUGAUAUAUACACCUACAUUGGCGUUAUUGUCGAGGUGUUAAAUGAUGGCCUCCCAAGGUCGGCUUGGCUCAUUAUAGGAGACAAAUCAACCAGGUCUGUAUCCUCACGGUUAAGCCUAUCAUAUACCAUUAUAGUAGUGCAGACUGUGCUGGGCACAAUUAUGACAGUGAUCUUCCUCGCAUCAUCCAAUAGUCUUGCGGCGGCAUUUAUGCCAGUGGAAGUCCGGCAAACGUCUCUAACAUAUGUCCGGAUUUCUUCUAUCGAGGCCUUGUCGUCUGCUUUGGAAACGGCCGUGUCAUGCUGCACACGCGCGCUAGAUCAUCCGGAUGUACCGCUAUUUAUCAGUUCAACCAAGUUUAUCGUUAAUAUUAUGCUCGACCUAUUAAUUCUGUCGAAAUUCCAUCCUGGUUCGUUUCAGCCAACGGUGAAUAUGCAGGCUUGGAUUAGGGUGGCUUGUGACAUGAGUUCUGCUCUUUGCGGGUUGGGUUAUUUUCUUUACCUUAGCUUAAGACUACAGAGAUCGCAACCCAGGGCGCAGAGGGUAAAGCCGAGUGUUGAAGCUUUGAAAACUCUUAUCCGACCCAGUUCAUACACUUUCGCAGAGUCUGCUAUUCGUAACGCUAUCUACCUCUGGCUGGUCAGUAGAAUAGUUCUGCUUGGCGAGAACUACGCAACAGCAUGGGGUGUUUUCAACACAAUUAGGUGGGGACUUGUGAUGGUUCCUGUCCAGGCCCUGGAGCAAUCAACUUUGACCUUCGUUGGACAUAAUUGGGGGAAAUGGCGUGAUCGUGUUGGCGCGGCGAUACGGCAUCCCAAGGCCACGAAGUCAGAUAUUGUGGAAAUUUGUCGCCCAGCAUUUACCUCCUGUGGCAUUGCACUUGUCUUCGAAGUCAUUAUAUGUAUAGCCCUUUCUGUACGUGGGAUCCAGGGAUUUGCUUACUAUCUCUCUGGCUCCACAGUCGUUGCCCAAAUAACCCAGCGGAUAUGGAAGCAAAUUGACUGGACAUAUAUCUUUUACGGCCUCAACUACCAGCUUGCAGCGAUUCUCCUUGCAGCCUCACCACGUUGGUACCUCUAUCAAGCUCUGGGUUCAAACUUUCUAUGGAUGCUCCCCUGGGCCAUAUUCGCGACGGUCAUGUCCGUCUCUCAAUCUACAGCAUGGACCUACUAUGCUAUUAUCUUUGGCGGAGCCCUUGUCUUUGACUUUAUAGACGUGAGCAUUACACUAGCGAUUUGGGCACUCAGGCUAAGUUGGGGUCGGGUGAAAGUAGGUGCUUUACGGCAAUAA